CUGUUUGGACAGUUCUAUGACCGCAGCAACGAUGUUCGCUGCCAUCCUCCCAUCAGGCCACGAGACCGGCGAGACGUGCUGGCAACGCUACCUUUGCUAUUACUGUAACAGCGCUGCCAAACGCUUCAGCAGCAUGCAGCAACAUAUCAUUGAAAAUCAUCAAGAACGUCUCUACGAAUGCGAGCUGUGCUUCCAAACCGUUUACUCCGGAGAUGCAUCAGGGGAUACGCAAGGCCUCGUUUUCCAGAAGCGAUCUGACCUCAUCCUACAUUUGGAAGAACAUUUAUCGAAUGGAGAACGCCGGUACACCUGCGGUUCGUGCAACAAACGCUUCUGUUUAGCGCGCCAAAUUCGUCAGCAUAAACGUCAUCAUCUGGCCAAGUCCGUGAUGUGUCCUCACUGCCCCAGGAGGUUCAGGAGCGAGGUGGCUCUCCAAGAACACAUCUAUAAUCACACGGGAUGUCGCCCUUUCAGAUGUUUCCAUUGUAAGAAGAGAUUUUCGUCGAGGUAUACCCUUAAAGUGCACAACAAAACACAUCUCGUCCGAGAAAGAAAUCACAGGUGCAUUGUGUGCAGGAAAGAGUUUUUAUCGUACCAUCAUCUCGUGGAGCACAUGCAUGUGCAUGAGGACAGUAAAAACUUUCCCUGCGAUGUCUGUGGAAAAGCUUUUGCUACAGUCAGAAGUCUUGAACUCCACAAAGUUAUUCAUACUGGCGUUAAAAAUUAUUCUUGUAAACUAUGUAAUAAAAUGUUUGCUCGUAAAGGCGAAGUCGAAGACCAUGAGAGAAUACAUACCGGAGAAAAACCCUUUCAGUGUGAAAUUUGCGGAGCAACUUUCAGCCAGAGAAGUAAUUUACAAAGCCACAAGCGUGCAACUCAUCUCAAAGAAAAGAAGCAUCAGUGUCCUGAUUGUGAUAAGGCUUUUAAAAGAAGAAGGUUGUUAGUCUGUCAUCAAAUGAGUGUUCACACAGGUGAACGACCCUACAAAUGUGAAAUUUGUAGUGCUGCAUUUGUUUAUCCAGAACAUUUUAAGAAGCACCUCCGAAUUCACACUGGUGAAAAACCCUUCAAAUGCGAAAUUUGUGGUAAAGCAUUUAACUCGCGGGAUAACCGAAACGCGCACAAGUUCAUUCAUUCAGAACGUAAGCCUUACGAGUGCACCUUAUGUAACACAGGCUUCAUGCGCAAGCCCAUGCUCAUGACGCACCUCUUGCAGCAUGACCAAAAUUUGUCUCAGCCCAAGUCUUGUGUUCGUGUGAACCCUCCAAGCGUGGCUGAUGAACCUUGGUCACAAAAUCAUUCCAUGGCAACCGAUGAGAACGAAUUUUAUGAAAGCUCUGAAUCACUCAAAAUUGUCCCUGAAGAACUCGAAGGUGAAGUUCAGCUAGUGAAUAAUGAAGAAGUUGAGGUUGUGUCUAGGCCUCUGCAUAUCAUCCAGACCGAUGGCUUGCCGCGCUAUCUCAUCCAGAGCUCAGACCGAAGUUCCUUCCUGGCUUCUAUUCAAGGCCAGGUGCUGAAAGUCCGUCCUGAAGCCUUCCAUGUCAAGUGCGACGGAGUGCACUAUGAGUUGAGUGACAACGCUCCUGAGGCAGAGGAUGUCGAAUCUCCCACAGCAAAUCCACUCGGCGUCCAGACGAGCACUUUUCAACUCCAGCUUGAUGACGAGGACGAUCUUGACCAAGAUGAACUCAAGUUGCAAAACGUAAGAACCGUUGGCGGGGAAAUUCAAGGUAUAAGUUGCGUGUCAGGUGUUGUAGGGUCUCAACACGGACACGACAAUGAUUUGUUAUCGUGCGGCACCUCGCAAGAAGACAACAACGCCCUGUUAUCUCGGUCGUUCCAGUUCGAUGGGCCCAUCAAAGUUUACACCACACAAGGAGUCGUCACAGUUCCAGGAGGCAAGCAGAGGCGUGUUGCGUCCAACAGGACCAUGUGGAACGAAGCUAAUACUGAAUAA